AUGCGGCGUUCAUUUCUUUGGCGGGCCUACCCCAUGAAAACGAUGCAAAACCUCACUCACCUGGAAAUCUUCACCCAACUUCAAUUAGGCAUUCACCCACCGCUGAGUGUACAACGACACUUUAUUCAACAAAACUUUGAGGAAGAAAUGGAGCGCCGGGGAAUUACAGAGACGAAGUUGAUGGCGAUGGAAGGGCGUCUUUGUACACGCCUUCUCCGUCAGCUACUCUUUGAGCGGUAUCUUUCUGUACCAUUUCGCCUAUUCACCUUUGACUUGGAGUUUUCAGGACCUCCUGUGUUUGGACCAGACGGCCCCACGGAAGACAUCAUUGAGUUUGGAUUCUAUUCCCCUGCUAAAGAUACGGUGUUUUCUUGCUUGGUGAAUCCUACCAACGGACGUCGUGUCUCACAAGAGGUAACGGCGCUAACGAACAUUACUCAGGAGAUGUUGGAAAAGGAGGGACUGCCUUUUCCAGAGGCCUGGGAGAAGGUGAUGGAGACUCUCAUGACACCAGAACCACAGGAACUUCCCGGUGCGGAGAAUCGAUUACUUGUGUUGAGUCACGGUGGGAAGUUGGCCGAUGUCUCCCUAAUCAAAUGGACACUGGAGGCGCACGGUUUGGAGCUUCCACCUGCAUUAGUUUUUGGCGACACGUUCCAUUUCAUACGCGACGCCCACCGCCGAAGACCCGUCACACCGGACAAGCACCCACCAUCGUGGGCUUUGGCGGACCUUGUGCAGUGGCUGAAGAUACCGCCUACACUUCCAGCUCAUCGUGCUGGCAAUGACGCGAAGAUGACAUGGGAUGCAUUGUAUCACACACUGGAACGCUACGGCGACGAGGAUCUGACGCCCCGUGAGCAGCUUGUGUCACGCUUCUUUGACGAGGAGGCGAGGGAGGUCAUGGGCCAAAAGAAUAAGCGACGUUUUAUUGAGUCGGAUGGGACGUUGGCUACGGAAAAUGCGAAAACCGAGGCUUCUAUGGGUUUAUCGUUGGAUCUGGACUUUGAUGAAAUUUUUUCGCCUGGUGGAAAGCGGAAAAAAGCCGAAGCCUCUUUUACCGUUUCAGAGGCGAAACAGGAGGAUGAAUACACAGAUACGGAAGGAAGGGAUGAUAUUAGGCGCCGUGCAAAGGAAGUGGAGCAGCACCCCCUCGUUCAAGAGUUUUUGAUUUAA